AUGGAGACUUUCACUCACGUCAAUCUCCGCAUAAACAAAAUCAAAGACCAGGAGCUCGUGCAGGCUCUCAAUGGACAAAAAGUACCUAAAGCUCUUGGCCAGGAGAACACCAGAAGAUGCGUGAUCCGAGGCAUAAGAUACCAUCCGGGCUUUGGCACUGAGCUCCGAGGUCUGCUCCCAGGUUUUACGCGCGCCCUGAACGCCCGUGAGAUUAUGAGCAAUCAAAUUCCUGAGAUGGAUCCUAAGUGCCCCGAGGAGUUUCCUUACUGUAUUUGGCACCCGGAAACCGCAUCAGAGGCAACUUACCGUGAGCUAGCUCAGCGCUAUCCCCAGCUCAAGUACCUGGUGGGGCGUGCAUGCGCAGUCGCCGGCUAUCCGGCUCUUUUUCAGGAGCUGGGCUUGCUGCCCGAGUGUCAUAUUGCUGAAGAGGCGCGGGAGAGCGGACACAAUGCCAUAUAUGAUUCCAUUAUGGAGUGCCGGGUCAAGUACAAUGCCAUGAAUGAUUAUACGAGAGAGACUUUUACUCCCACUGAAGGGCGCCUCAAUGGUGAUACUGUCGUCCAGAAGUACCUUGACAUUCGGUUUACGUACAAAUGGGGCACCUACAAUGAUUAUCCCGGAAUUCAUUGGGCUAUGAAUCAAAACAGCUUCGAUAUUACCGAAGAUCUAAGGCUUUGUGACGCGGACCACGAUCCCGGCAAGCCCCCCUUCGAGAUCAAAGACGAGGAGGUUCUUCCAUUACUCUAUAGCCCACUCCCCACUGAUCUACCGACUCUCAACAAAGACCUUCUCAUUUUGACCGCGGCUUACUACGGUGAUAUUGAUCGAUAUGCACGUCUUAUGCGCCAGGUGUCGUCUAGUUCGAGCGAAGGCACAUGCUUGGUAAGGGGUAUCUAUAACAAUACCAUUUUCGCCAAGUGGUGCUCGAUUCAAACAGAACAGCGAUUCCAAUCCUACCAGAUCCAAGCUGCUAUUAGCGCUCGAUUCAUAAUGAAUGGCGAUAUAUCACGCAUAACACCUGAUACCCCUGAGACAAACCUGCCUUACUGUAUUUGGUACCCAUCAAUUCCUGAAAGAUCUGUUCUCAAAGCGCUAUUCCACCGGCAGCCAAAGAUGAAGCUUUCCAUCGCCCGAGCAUGCAUUAUGGCUGACUACCGGGAGAUAUAUGACCUGCUUGACGUGAACCCCGAUACAACGCUCAUGGAAGUGGCUCGAGACAGCCGAAAUCCACAUUACACUCAGGAUAUGGAAGCCAAAGUUCCUUCGCGGGGUUGCAAGGACUUGGAGAGCAAAUACAAGUAUCAGGUGUCGCCGCGUGCAGCGAUGUUUGAACAUACAGCCAGUUAUUUGCAAGUCAAUGUAGCCGACAGGCCUCCAAAUUCAGACUGGGAUGGGAUAACGUACGAUGGACAUGUGGUGAAUUUCGGUGUGCUCAAUUUGAGUCUAUCUGCCUCGGAAUCCAUGAAGGAAAACAUACCGCACCAUGGAGCGCUUGACCUGGAACAAUAUUAUGCGCAAUAG